AUGACGGGUACGGAGGCUGCGGCCUCUGACACAUCGACACCCACGUCGUCGUCACCACCCACGGCUGCUACGCACAACGAUAAUGCCGUUCCCGCGCAACACCAAUGGCAACAGCAGCAGCAGCAGCAGCGCCACCUCCUCCGCUGCCUCGCGUUGGCAGACCUCCUUGACGUAUCCCCGACAGUGAGUCAACAGCUGGUGACCGCCGCGACAGCGCCGUCUAGCUGGCUGGACCACACACUCAACACUCCGCGCGCCAGCUUCCAGGGCUCCACUGAGAGCGACUCCACGAUGCAGGCGUAUCACCUGGAGCGCCUCCUCGUGGCUGCCGUGCUGAAGCGGCUUUUCGAUAGCGACUGCGGCUCUGCCACGAGUGUUAAGAACGUUAGUAGCGCAGCAGCAGUGCAGCCGGCAGCCCCUUCGGUCUUGACGCUGACACAGCAGCCCGCGCGAAAGCGACCGUUCUCAUCCCUGACAGCGCACCCGUGGACGCCAGCACCGUCUGAGUCGGGAAGUUCCUGUACCUCUCCGCAACGAGCAGAUGGUGGGCUGCAGCUGCUGCUGCCGGCGGUGUUGUACUCUCCACAGGGAGUGGCCCGCGUGGACGCCUUGCAUGCGUCUUUCCUUCCGCUUCUACUUGUCGCGCUACUGCAGCACGUGAGUGGGGAGUGCAGCGACGGUGGCGAUAGUCACGUCACAGGCCUCUCGACGUCGAAGCGAGGGGACGACGCCAGCUCCGUCAAGACUAAUACAUCCGCGGCAGUAUUAUCGCUGGGGCAGCAGCGAUGCUGUCGUGCCGCACUUCAGCGGUUGUUGUCACUGUACGUACCUCUAUUCCUGCAGCGACGGCGUGCUACCUGUGCUGCGGUGAGCGCCAUUGUGGAAUCACUACAGGAGUGCUCGUGUGGUCGUCGUGUUGACGCCGAGGGCACGGCCGAGGUGGAAGAAGGCCAAACGCGCAUUCAACGGCCAGUCCAUCACCAUCUGUGCUGCAGUGAGGUCAAGCAGUGGCUGCGCGCGACUCGUCUCUUGUCGGUUACGCUUGUGGCGUCUCUCUCCCACGUGAGUCGACGGACCGGUACUGCAACAGCAGCAGCACUGUCGCCGCCGUCAGAUGCCGCUCUGGUGGAUGAGGACGACUUGAUGGAGGCGCGGUGGACGCUGGAGAUAGCCGGGGUGUGGAUGAGUGCGGCAGGUAUACCCCUCCAAGGCGGCACGCCAGUGGCGGAUGGGCGGCGUUCGUCAGACCUCUUGUGGCGGAAAGAACUGUGGAGGGGAGCUGGUAUGAGCGCUUCGAGUGACCCCAAGCACCUGGAGCCCGAUGGUGGCAUCCACGCAAGUACUGCGGCUUCACCGCAUCGAGAAGACCGCGCGCCGUUCACCAUCGCCACCGCGGAGGUGAUCGCGCUUGCGGAAAUCAUGUGCACCAUAGGCGAGGAGACAUGCAGCGACAUCUGUCCCCACGACACUCUGUCACCACAGCAGCACGAGGGCAGCCGCGUUGGUGAGCAGAGUCAAUCGGUACCAUCGUGCUUCACCUGUGGUAGUAGUCGUACAGUGGAAGUGCUACGCGAUGUGACCAGUUUCUUCCUCGAUCGGCGUCACAACAACAGCUCUCGCGAUCCUCUCCGCACCCUUCCGGCUUCCGCAGUGUCGACAACGGAGCUUCACCAUCGCUACGUCCUCCUCCUUGGUGAGCGUCUGGAGGAGGAACAGUGCCAGCAGCAUCGCUUGCUCGCCGCAGCCGAGCGCGCCGUUCACCGAGUUCUGCGACAGCAGCACCGACAGCACCCCGGGGUCCUCUGGCAACCGCCUGGGAUGCUCGUGGCUCUGUGCAGCGUGACCUCCUAUCAACUGCGCACUCAGCUGCACCGACGCGAGCAGCGCAUGGCUGAGCUCUGCACCGCGACGACAGCGACGGCGACUGCGACCAUGUUGGCGGUACCGCACACAAAUGCGGUCUCGUUUCCUCCCUCUGGCAAUGUGGCCGCUGACGACAAGAGCCCUAUCAGCAACAGUGAAGCUGACGAAAACUCUCAAAACUAUCGACAGCCACCUAGUGAUGCUCCCCCUGCCGCUACUGCAGCGAAGCCCGCGCAGCUAGGAGAGACGCUUUGGUCUGAGGAUGACGAGGAUAGCGAUGAUGCUGCAGCCCAGCAUGAGAAGGGCCAAGGACGGUGGUGCGCUCAUUCCAUGAAAGCAGAGACUGCGCUAUUCGCGCAUGGUGUGCCGCCUCCCUCUCUAGCUAGCCCCGCAACCAGAGCAGCAGCAGCAGCCGAUACAGGGAUCCCCACGCUGUCACCCCCACCGCCGAGGUCCCCAGUGUCCUCCGCUCCGUCCCUUGGGCGUGCACCUGCACUUCUUCGCUACACCCCGCGCACAAACAGCUUGCGCCACGUGUCCCACGUUCAUAAUGCGCCGCCCAUCAUGCAUGCAAGUGAGGGUAUGCCAGCGGCGGCUGACGAGGGCACCGAAGAUGCUGAACAAUUCAUGGGCGGCAACAGCGACUACUACGCGCCUGCUCAGUCAAUGGAGCGCCUUUGGGAGCUACCGUCGCGUGUACCGCAGGAUUGGACACCAGCGCUGGCCACCCUGAUGGCCUGCUGCUUGCUGUGCCUCAGACCAUCCUCGGCAGCGACGGCGGCGUCACGACUCGCGGUGCUGCUUGGUAAACCGCUGCUAAGUAGUCACUCGGCAGAAGCAGAGUUUUCGCACAACACUGCUGCUACUGCCAUCAGCGGCUUAGCCUCUCCACCGUUGGCAAGGCGAGUUACCACCCGGUCACUGAGCCUUCUUGACUUCGGUUUCAGCAGGCGCCACGAGGCGCCAGCGGCAAUGGCAAGCGGUGUAAGUGUGGGCAGCAGCGGGCGCAGUAGAAGUACCGCCAACAGUAUCGCUGGCGUAUCUAUGGCAGUGGACAGCACCAACGGAGGCGGUGAAUCAACCGGUGCAGUGGGGGCACUGGCGCAGUGGCACCUGAGAGGACUGAUCCAGCAGUUGCGCCUCCCAGCAAACGGGCGAGUGCUGCCGAGUGUGCAGGCUGGCACAGAGGGCCGUCAAGGCAGCCGCGCUACAGCACCAAGAACGCACUCUACUACUGCGUCAUCUUUGCUGACUCCUUUCAGCAGCACCGCCAAUCGCGCCACCGCGUUGUCCAGCUCGGCGAGCGCCGCAGCAGGAGGCGCUUCGUGGUUCACUCUAUACGGCCAGACCACCCGUGCGCUGGAUGCAGCGAAGUGCGUGAAUCACGGCGACAUGAAUGGUGUCGCAUGGCCAUCCUUGCCGUCGGCGGGCGGUGUCCUGCGCCGACUCGACCCCGUGUCCCUCCUCGCUAGUUGCUUCGCCCUGAUGCAUCUACUACAGACGCAGCCGCACUUCUUCCAGCAGGCGAAGUUGGGCGGACGCACAAUGCAGGAGUUGCGUCUCGGCGUGCUGGAGGCUCGCUGGGGCGGCGAGCAGGGGUGCGCAACACAGAUGCUGCAGCGCCACGACUCGGCGGCGUGCACUGUAACGGUGUCUGUCAGCAAGGUGUCAGGAGCCCUUGCGGUUGGCACAGCUGGUGGGCACGCUGCUCCGCGCGCUGGUGCCGCUGAUGCACUGCACUUUACCCGUGGCCACUCACUGUGGGACUGCGCCAUCGCAGCAGCACCGGUCGGGCCGCUGGGAAUGGAUGCGAGCGAUGACGACGGGAACGGUGGUGACGCUGCUGCGGCGGUACCGGCUGCGGCAGUCGAUACCUACAGCGGUGUGGAGGACUGCUGCGAUAAAGCAGCGGCGGCCAUGUGCAACCUCACCGAGGCACUUCUGGUUGCCGUUUCCUACGUUGGGUGCCGAGCCAUUGCAGCGGCGUUGCUGCAGUUCGCAGCACCAACCGUCGACAGCGCAAAGACGGUGGACGCGAGUGUCCUCUCGUGUCGGGGCGGUGGAAUCGCCGCUCCCGCCGCUACCUCUCCUUCCUCCCGAGACCUUUGGUGCGACGCUCUGCAAGCGAUCACAGGGCUGUUACUGGAGGCGCAUCGUGCACACAGAGGCGGCGCCGCCGCCAGUCGUGUUCAAUCCAUGGAGGCGGCAGCAGAAAGAGGUAGUGGUCACCACAACAGCAUUCGUACCCGCACUGACGGCAUCCUGUCACCUCUCAGUCACUCGGCAGACCGAGUAGGCACGCUGGGACCAACGGCAACCGCGACAGCCGGGGCAUUCAUGCCAGCCUCCAGCGCAUGCACAAGUGCAUCAGCGCCACCGCAACUGAGUGAACCUCUGCGAGCAUUCAGUGUUGGCGCUGCUCCGACGACGACCUCGUCUCGUGCAGCUCGUCUCGCUAGUGAUACUGGACGCGGCUCCUACUCUGCCACCUCCCCUCCCAUCACGGCCUCCACAGUACCCCCGUGGCCAUCACCGCUGUCCAUAGAAGCACAAUUUGGGCUCGGUGCCUUCUUCAUUGCCCUCGUACGAGCGCUGUUGCAGCUCCACGCGUCGUCGUCAACGGCCACGGAGGCGACCCUCAACAGGGCUCCGGACGGUCAGAAGCAGCCGCAUUGGCCACAGCCGCUCCUCUGCGUUGUCCAGUGCCUCUACGCAGUCGCUAGCAUCAUUGAUGACCUGCUGCACGACUACACCCACGCGCCGCCUGCUGUGCUGUGUGACGUGCUCGUGAUUAUGUUGACAGGACAGCCGCUGCCGCACUCGGCAGGGAUGGGGAAGGAGGCGGGUGUAGCAGAGCCGCCGCCGCUGCACGUAAGCGCCACGCGUACAGCAUGGGAGGCACUGCACUUGACGCCCUUCUGGGACGAUGUCUUGCUAGGUUCCGUAGAAUAUGCAAGUCGCGCGUGGGCGUGCCCUGAGGAGUGCAACACCUCCCUCUCACCAACUCAGCUUACCCGCCCGCCGUGGCAGAGCCUCCUCGGAUACAUCCCAUGUUCUCGAGACCCCCUUUCCACAUCAUGGUUGCCAGCAGCUUUUCGUGGGUCACCACGCUCUAGCACCAGUUGGACACUGCUUGCCCUGCUGGCAAAAGAGGACGAUCUCUUCUUGGAGAGCAUAACGACAACAGCAGCUGUGAAACCGGCGCACGCAGCUGCGGCAGUGACAGACGGCGACGACGUGCAUGAAAUGCCGACGACGGAUGCAAACGCGGCGGACGAAAUUCGCCAGCUGAGUAUUUCCCUUGUGUCCUCCACACGGUAUGCAGGGUGGAUGAAAGCGCUGUGCGAAGCAUGGCAAGCGUGA